AUGGCGGGAUCCAAACCCCCCAAUGGCAAGAAUCUCGUCAGCAAACCACCCUCCACGGCGGCACAAACCUACCUCAUCUGCUACAACACCCUCUCCUUCACCCUCUGGGCCACCAUAACCAUACGACUGAUAUUCCUCCUCGCCCGCCUCGUUCCCACUGGCCAUGUCGCGCACAUCUUCGAUGACCUAUUCCCGCUCCUUCUCUUCACGCAAUCCCUCGCCUUGCUGGAAAUCUUACACGCGGUCGUAAGGCUCGUGCGUGCAUCCCCUAUCACGACGGCGAUGCAGGUUGGCAGCCGUAUUCUAGUCGUCUGGUUUGUUAUGUUCUUUUUCUCGGUGGAUAGGAUUGGGAAGGAAAAGGGGGUUGUAGGCGCUACGAGUACGGAGCCUGGGUGGAAACUGGCCGAUUGGAUGGUUGUUGGCUGCUUGAGCGCUUGGGGGAUUACGGAGUGUAUUCGAUAUGGAUAUUUUGUGGUGCAGGUUUUGGGUGUUGCAAUGCCGCGAUGGUUGCUUUGGUUGAGGUAUAAUACUUUCUUCGUCCUCUAUCCAAUUGGUAUUACGAGUGAGUGUACAUUGAUUUACAAGGCCAUUACGCCGGCGUGGGAUAUUCAACCCCUGGUUGCGUGGUUUUUUAGUUUGAUACUGGUUAUCUACGUGCCUGGCUCAUUCAUUCUGUAUACGCAUAUGAUGUCUCAAAGGAGAAAGGUAUUUAAAGCCUCCAAGAAGGCUGACUGA